CGAAGGCGACCCGGACACAUACGAUACCAAUUUGCACAUUGCGGCGGCGUUCAUCGUUUUUGCUGCGUCCAUCAUGGGCAGUAUGCUCCCCGUCAUGAGCUCGUAUGUCCCCUGGCUGCGCAGCCGCGCCACGGGCAUGGAGAUGCUGAGCUCGUUCGGCUUUGGCGUCGUCAUCUCGACAGCAUUUGUGCACAUGAUUCCGCCGGCGAUCGCAACGCUCAACAACCGUUGUCUGGGGCUCGACUACUCGGGCGUUGCCAUGGUCAUCGUGCUCGCGACCAUCUACCUCAUGCAGCUGCUUGAAACCGAGCUCGUCAUCGCCCUCACCAAGUACACGUCGGACAAGACCAACGACGCCAACCACCACGUGCUCGAGUCUGGCAUCGUCUCGACGCCGCCGCGGUCGCCCCACGUUGGCCACUCCCACGGCGUCAUCGCGUCGGGGCCCUCUGACGAAGAGACGGCGAUGCGCCAGAAAAUCUCAGUGCUUAUUUUCGAGGCCGGCGUCGCGGUCCACUCGAUCAUCAUUGGCAUUGAGCUCGGCGUGAGCUCGGGCGACGAGUUCACGACGAUUCUGAUUGCGAUCUGCUUCCACCAGUUCUUUGAAGGCGUCGCUGUCGGUAGCUCGGCCGUCUCGGCCUUCUCGGAGAUGAAGACACUCGCGCUCUCGGCACUUGCGUACUCACUCACGACGCCGGUCGGUGUCGUCAUCGGCAUUCUCAUCUCGAGCACGUACAGCGACACGUCGACGACAGCGCUUUGGGUCAAGGGUACCUUCGAUGCGAUUGCCGGUGGCAUUCUUGUCUACACGGGGCUCGUCGAGCUCGUAACGUACCAUUACACGACCAACUCCGAGUUCCACAAGAAGACGUUCACGGGCCGUGGCCUCAACUACAUGUGCCUCUACCUCGGGUCGGCCGCCAUGGCCAUCGUCGGCAAGUGGGCAUAAUCUUCUGAUCCAGCUAUCUAAAUCCAUUAAAAGUUCAAAAUUGUCUUACGUCAUCGUACGAGUACUAUCGAUUCGCUCUCCCAAAUACCAGCUG